AUGGACAUCGUGCCGUUCACAACGGCCGCGGGCAACAACGGUGACGGUGGUAUUGGUGGUAGACAGGAGCAGGAAGCGAACCAGUACUUCUUGCAUUUGUUGCAGGAGAAUACUCAGGUGAACUUGUUCCUGAAUGACCCCCGCAUUCAAAGUGCCUUGGAGCUUCGCGCGGAACAAAGACAUCGAUUUGCAUUGGACAACGUGUACGCCGAAGCCAACGCAUACAUUGCACACCUAGAGGCAACAGCGGAUGCGAAUCAUCGUCAACAGCUAGCAUUUGUGAGCCAAUCCACACACCUGUUGGUGGGACAGCUACACAAUGAAGUACGAGUGCUAGAGACAAUCGCCCGAGCAGAACGACAAUCAGCCAAUGAGCUGCAGGCACAGCUGGCACGCGCACAAAGGGAAAGUCAUGAUGAAAGGUCUAUGGCCAUGCAGUUUGAUGCACAUCGAUCCGAGCUGGAAGCAGCAGCGCGCACGCUCACUGCGGAAAACAGACAGCAUGAACGCCGUUUCGCGGAAUUGCGCUCGAGUAUCGAAGAAAACCACAGUGAGAUGAUUGCCUUUUUAGGGUCUGAGUUUGAGGAAAAGCUUCAAUGGGAAGAGAAUGAGUACUACCAUAGGCUAACCUCUGAGGCACAGCAGUACGAUAGCUUGGUUGAUGACCUGCAGGACAGGAACGCGGAGCUUAUAGCUGAGGUCGACUCACUCAGGACUGUCUUGUCGACAGCGGAGAGUAGCCCACCGCAAGGUGGUGCCGUGCCGGUGAAAGUCGAUCCCAGUGAGAGCUCCAAGCUUCAACCAAGCCCACCGCAAGGUGGUGCCGCAGCGGAGAUUCCUGUGUCGCUUCGGACGGUUUUGGGAAGGACCCAACGGUAUGACAUUGGUGAGCCUGAGGAUUCCAAGGCCCACAAUGUCCAGUUCCUAAGGCCAGAAAUCAUUGACAUUCCGCCUGAAGGUGAAGGCUGGAGCUUCGUACCAGACAAGCACAAGUUCGAAUUCAGGUACAAGUCUGCGGAGCUAUGCCCACCAUCAAUUCCAGAGGACACCGAAGAAGCUUUGCAAAAUGCCCGUGUCGGGGUAGAGAAGGAUUCUGCACUCACUGCAAAGAAGCAAUUCCCCUGCCCCAACUUGCUGCAGCGGACCAUUGAUGGCAUGCUUAGCGGCAAAGUCCUCAGUCCAGCUGGCGCGGCAGAAGAUCCCAUCGAAAAGAUGGCGAAUUGCAUUCCUCCCAUUCCUGGGGUGGAAACGAGGUAUAGAAUCCGGACUACUUGGGGAUUCAAGGAUGACGUGUGGUCUUUGUUGGAGGAUUCAGUCAACAUUGAUGAAUUGGACGGAAUCUAUGGGGAAGCGCAAGCCGACAGCGAUGUCGAGCCAUACACAAUGCCAAAGUCUAAGAAGGACGAACAACUUAGCGAAGACCUGGAUGAAAUGUUCCCAGAGCUAUUUGGUCCUGAUCGUGAUAAAGAUCCUCCGCCGAAGGACGCGAAAGAAGCCACCCGCAAGGGUGAGUCAAAGUCUGAUUCCCGUGCAGCAUUGCUUGAUGAUGUUCCGUUCUCUGUGAAGCAGAAGCUGAAGUCCAGCGCAGCAGUAGCAGCGCAAGAACCACCGUAUGGUUAUACGUGGAGUGGGGAAUGUUUGGUCAAGAAGAACAACAAGAACCGCCCUGACGCUAUUGAUCAUACUGCAUGGAAGGCUAUGUCGAAAAGACAAAGAGCAACAGCAAUUGCAGAACAUGAGAAGAAGCUACAUGAGGAGAAUGAGGCACUGUAUCGGGAAGCUGUAAAGGUGGAUUGGUGGGACGGCGAAACCUACUUCGACCUCGCAGGCCGGGAACAGUCUGAUUUCGAGCUGGCAGUUGCAGCUGCCCGCAAGGGCAAGCCGGUUGGGCAUUUCAAGCUACUGAAUGUUGGUACAGCCGAACAAGUGGCGGAUGUGUUCACGAAGCCUUUCACUGAAAAGAACAAGUGGACGCAUGCCUUGAAGCUUAUUGGACAUACAACCAGCGCGAACGUAGCCGGGUGCAAACCCGAGUCGAAGGUCGAGGUCGACAACAAGGUUUCGGUAGCAGCAGCUCCGGAUGCAUCAAAGGUUGUCGAGGACUUCGCUAAACAAUCGUUCGAGACUAACGAUUACAGCUUCAAGACCUUCGAGAAGCUAGCUGGGCUUAUUCGUACCAAUCUCAAGGCAUCAUUGGCAAAACCGCGAUCGUUUAUGGCUUCUGAGAACAUAUCCAAAUACUUGGUAUUCGGCGCUUGGGUCCAUGGUGGGUGCUUUGGUAUUACCAACCGCACAAAGCAUUACCCAUGGAUUUGCAGGUAUGUGAAUGAAUUUGUUAAGCGAUCAUCUCCGAAAGGGUUUACAUGGACUUCGUUCGUGUUCAACUUCAAUGGCAAGGCCCGCAUCCACACGGAUAAGUACAAUCAGAAAGAAUCGUACAACCUGACGUUCUCCUUCGGUAACUAUACAGGGGGGACACUGUGGAUUGAGGGCGCGAGCCAGUUGGGACCACCGGGAAUAUACACAGAUGAUCAUGGCAAAGACCACAAAGGCUACAAUUGCAACACAUACCGCAAGCCUACUCUGUUGCAUCCAUCGACAAAACAUGGUGUACAACCCUACACUGGCGAACGACAUUCCUUCAUCGCCUACUCUUCAGGGGGGUACCAGAAGUUCAACAAAAAGCAAAAGCAAUUCCUACAUCAAUCACAGUUCCUCUUGCCUACGGCUCAGUUGAAGCUCCCAGCUCAGAAGGCAAUGGUUUGUUUGAGGUGUGUUGGUUCCCCUCUCGAUGAGGGGGGUAGGCUUAACAAACCGUGUUCUCGUUUCGAAAAUGAUUCGUUUGCACACACAUCGCUCGAGUGCACAAACACACAACAAACUGCAAGCCUUGACCAUGAAAUCUUGGCUUCCUUUAUGUGCACGCCUGCCAUUGCAAUUUCAGCUGGUUCUGAUCUUCUCGACUUGCCCGAAGCGACUUCUACGAUCCCCAAGAUGGCAGCCAUCGUUGUGAGCGACGAGUUCUGCAGGGUCAACACCUCCGAAGCAGACAGGGCUGGAGUUACCAAGGCCAUGAAAACCAUUCUCCAAUCCGCCGCCCUCAACAACGAUAUCAUUUCGCUCGGCGCCGAUCAUGAGAGCCAGCUCUUGGAGUCGGCGUACAGCUGCGUAUCCACACAAUGCACGGCUGGGGUAUCCUUGACCCAUGCCGACGCAACCUGUGUGGCUCUGCGCCAGAUGGCUGACCUCAGUGACGAGGGACUCGCCAAGUUGAAGCCAACCGCAAGGUUGAGCCCCAAGGCCAAGCGAGCCAUCAUAGUCGUGUCAGACAGCUCCACUGCACUUUGCAAGAAGAACAGGCGGGGAGUGUUCGUCAAGGCCGACUUGGAUGCGGAAGUGAACAUCGCAAGCUGGACGCUGGGAUGGGCACAGACUCGCUACACCAUGUGUUGGGGUAAAACCUUGGCGUGGAUUGUCUGGCAGGUCGAGGAGCAUGUGAAGGAGCUCCGGAGCAACUAUCCGGACCACACCAUCGACGUGAUCUGCUGGUGGUGCGGGAACGAGAUCUCCGGCCAGUGGGGCUGCAUCCCCACGCGGCUAGGACCGGGACUCGCCUACAGAGAUCCCAAUGUCACAACGGAGACCGUCGCACGGAAAGUGAGAAGGGCAGCGGAUGUUUUAGCCGCCCUCGCGGGCGAGCCGGACAUUGGUUUUGUGAAGGUGAUUGGGCAGGUGGAGGCGGACUUGUUCCAACUCCACUCAGCCUACAACGACUUCAAUGCCGCUAUGUUCGAAGAGUUCAGGCAGCGCGGUCUGCAAGUGCAAACCGCGAGCUCCUUGGUCGAAAAGCUGGAAAUGUAUGACAGCUUUCACGCCAGUGAAGACCCUCGCAACCGCGAGUUAUUCCAGACCUACUUGCAUGCGACUUUCAAUGCAAGCAGGAGCGAAUGGCUUGCCCAGAAGAUGACACCCUGUGUCAGGGCUUUGCUUGUUCGCUAUGAGCACUUUGAGACUGGCUCCGGUGCCAACAAUCCAGUGCUCCAGGAUGUCUUCAAGCAGUGGCGUGCAGAGAAGGACCAGCUCAUGAACCCGAAACAGGCAAAGCCAAUGCCGGUCACCCAGGAGGACAAGAUGUGGGAAGCCCCAGAUGCCGCUGACGCAACCGACGUCACUAAGAUCUCCGAGGGGCCACCCAUGGAUAAAGCCAUCCGCAAGGAUGUGCCAAGGAUCGGUGCAACCACUGAUGUCAGUGCUGUUGCGGAGUGCGUCAAUGACAUUGUCACCCAGGACGCAGACGGUAAGGUGUCCUACAAUACCCCGGGCACGGUGGAACUGGUGGAUGAGGGCGACCAAGUCGACCCCAUCCCAUCAUCGAUUGGACGUGUUGUUGAGCCAGCGCCUCCCAAGAAGACUAAGAAGUCUGACCGAGACGAGGACGCCAUGCGAAGGCUCAUGUUCAUUGAUGAAAGCGCCCCGCAAGGGGCUGCCACUGUGCCAGAGCUUCCGAAUGAGUACUUCUACAACGGCAAGAAGCACUUGAUGAAGCCCUUCAACCCGGAGGAUAUUGUGGGAGACAGGCACGUGACGUUCAAACACGGUGACCUGAAGUUCCUCACCAAGCUGCUGCGUGGCCAUGAAAUGGACGACUUCCCUGCAUUGAUCUUUGACCGUGGGUGCUGGGCAGACGUUGACACUCUGCUCCAGGUCUUCAACACGGCACGGAACGCACGCUGGGGUGUGAGGCAGCUGCUACGCGCAGCGAAAGCCGAUAACAAGGGACGGAUUAGACUUUUGGGCAUUGAUGUCCCCAUGAAGGACACCCUGGGUCAGCCGCUAUUCCCUGUCCGGGUGAGGAUGGCCCAAGGGCACAACUCCAAGCUCAUCGGCAAUAACCCGGACGCGGACUUCUUCCUCGCGACCAGGUUCUACAGCGGAUUGUCCGAGUACGAGGCCGACCUGCAGAGCAGCGUCAGGGGGGUCACUGUGCUCUCCCGCGAGGAUACCCCCCCGAAGCUCUUCCACCGCACGAAUGAAAAGGGAAUGAAGGGGAUCCUCCGCGAUGGCAUGAUCGCCGGCUCCGCAAGGUCAGACAGGUCCCACAACUACCUGUCCCCGUACAAGUUGGACGACACCCACUACAAGAGUGGAAUGCGCUCCAACCAGCCGAUCGAGCUGACGAUAGACACGCAGCGAGCAAUCGCCGCUGGAUGCGUUUUCUUCGUCACGGAGACCGACGGCGUCCUCACACGGGACAAUGUGCCUCCCGAUUGCGUGCUGUCCGCCAUCGACACCAGCAACAAGAACCUCCCGCUCUAUGUCGCCGAGCACAAAGAAGCCGCCCGCGAGGGUGAGCCAGAGCGCAUUUUCCGCGCCAAGCGCGACUAUGAGGAGGCCGCAGCAGCAAGCUCAUCAUCGGCACCGCCCCCAAAACAGGCGGCUAUCGCUCCCAAAGCGAUUGCUUCAAAGAAGAUGCCGAAGGUGGUUCCCAAGCCCGCCGCAAUCGCCGAGAAAGACGAAAGCAUGGACUUGGAUGAAGCCACCCGCGAGGGUGAGCCUGCUGAUGCUGCUGGUGCAUUCGACCUUGACGAAACCAAGGUUGAGGUUGAGGUUGAAGUCGAUGAAGGCGAUACAACGGAUGCGGGUGAGGAUGAGCCUUACCCACUUGGCUCACACCCAUGCCGCGAGUGCGCAGCAGUUGUUGCCAAUGGCAUGCUGUUCUGCCUCCGUUGCAAGGCUCCCCAGACGGAUGAUUCUAAGAAGAUCACAAAGCGAGUCUUUGAGAAUUCGAGACUUCGCCAGCGCCUUCUUGCCACCGCUGCGACCGGAGCCCAGAAGCCCAUCGAUGAUCUCCUUGCGAGUGACCUUCGAGGCCUGGGCGAGGGACCAAAGAAACGUGGUCAGAUGAGCGCAGAGGCUGCCGCCAUUCGUGACGCCAAAGACCGAAAGAUCAGGGCCGCCAAGUUGAACUUUGACACCGUGUCCGACCGCUUCGAGAAGGACGCACAGUUCAAUGUGAGGAUGAUGCAAGAGGGCCGCAACUUCGAGGGACGCAGCGAGGAGCAGCGCUACUUGCGCGCCGGCUCCCAUUAUGGUGGUGGCAAUGUCCCGCCAGCGAAGUUGGUCUAUUAUGCCCACUGCGAAGUGGAGCCGUUGAGGAACUUGCGGUUUAUCGACGAUACCGCGGAUGUCCCCAUCGGCUUGACCUACCUCGGUGCAUUCCUCCCUCCGCGACUUUAUGCUGAGGUGGCAGCAGUGAAUGAUGCUGCGAAAAGGAUCCUGACUUUCGACGGCGAGGUCUAUGUGUCGGCUACCACAAUUGAAGGCAUCACAACUGAAAUCGGGCAGAUUCUUACCGAUAGCCUCCGUAGUGCUCAGAACCAGACAGACCAAACGGAACGUUUGGCAGAGCGCAAUCGCCAGGCCGCAGUCCAGAACCGCCCAUCCCAAAAGGGACGUGGUCGCACGACAGCACCUGAGCCAAUGUACAGAGGCUAUACUCAGGCCCAGUGGGACGAGUACUAUCGCCAGCGUCGUGGAGGUUACACUCAGGCCGAGUGGGAUGCAUGGAACCGCACCCAUAGGCGCUGA